CGCACAGGUGCUAUCGCGGGACGACAGACCGCCGCCGCUGUGGUGGGGGGACCUGUUGCUCGUGACCGUCGCGCGACCCGUCACCGCAUCCGAAGAGCGGCUCGCCGCCGCCAACGCCGCCCCUCCUCCCAUGUGUUGUGUUAUUUACUUGUUAUUAUUGUUUAUUUAUUGUUAUCAUCGUCAUUAUUAUUAUUAUUGUUAUUACUUGUUGCCCACUAUCGUACCACCGCAAAUUCGACAGUACGACGGUGUACCCGACUAAAACGGGUAAAGGCGAAACGCAAAUAUUCCGCGGACGAAUGCGGCUGCGGGGAUAAUAUUGUUGUUUGCUUAGGAUUUCCGUUUGUCGCCUUGGCCAAACACACCACAGUCCCCCGCCGUGACGUUUUGAUAUACGACGACGGUCUCUUCCAAGAACUCACUCCCCCCGAUGAACAAUCCGCAGGAUUUGUGUGUACAGUGUACACUGCACAAUCGCGACGACGCUGGGCCGCCAAAGCUGUUGUGAUAUCGUCACCUGUAUACGGCCGAAGGUACUGUGUACUUGAUUAGUCGUUUCGAGGUUUUGGUCGAUGAUGUUUAAAACUAACCUUCGAAUCUGUAGUGAACAAAAAAAUAAUAAGCCACUAAUAUAAACGGACAGUUUGUUAAACCGUGCAUAUUAUAAUUUUCAGUUCAUCGGAGUGAGAUGAUUAGAUGGAGAUGGAUGAAGAUAGCUGUUUCUUCGGCGAUGGCGGCGCUCUAGCUACGUUUCACCGGAAGAGUAGAUGUUUACGAAUUCCUGUGGGAUGUGGAGUAAACAACACGAACGGAAAUCAUCAUGUCAGAUGUAUGUUACAUCCCUUAUUUAUUUUUAUUACAAAGAACUACCGCCACGUACCGGAAGGCAUCGUACCCAAACGUAAUUGCGUCUAUUAUUGCAGAAGAAAUAUUAUGAUUGAAUUUGACAACAACAAAAAAUGUAAUUCAAUUUUGAUCCUAGAUCCAGGGAGGAGUUUGAACAUAGUUUCAGAUGAACGCAGUCGUACCAAAUAUGAAUGCGCAUUAUUGAGUAAUUUUAGACUAUUAUUGAGGGAUAACGCCAUAAUGGUCCAGGGGCGUUUGAAAGAAUAGUUAUGUUUGCAACAGAUGAGCAUUUAAAACU